AUGACAAGUGCACUGGGUCUUUUCUCCAACGAAUUGAAUGGAACUGUAUACGACACGAACCAUCACUGCUACAUGCAAAAAUUGGACUUGGCGCCCAAUCGAUUUAGCGGGUCAUUACCGAAGUCAUUGCCGACUGUGAGAAGCCUCGUUGCGCUGCUUCUUGAAAACAACCAAUUUUCGGGCGAGACACCGGAUUUGUCUUCUCUGCAGAAUUUGCGACAUUUCGCUCGGGCACAACAACUUCUCCGGCCGUCUAGGCGCAUGGGUUUCACUAAUGACGAAUUUGGGAUCGCUGGAGCUGCAAUACAAUCGCUCGGGAGGUCCUCUUCCAGAGCUGCCAGGGAAAAUUACGCAUGUAAACUUUUCCGGAAGCAACUUUUAAGACGAUGUUCCCAAGAGCUACGGUCGACUGAGGUACCUGAGGUACUUCAAUUGUACCGGUUGCAGUUUGACCUGCCCGCAACACUUUUUUCUUCCGUCAUAUCCGCCUCUCGUCAUACUGAAAGGCAACUGAAGGAACAAACGUAA